AUGCAAUAAUAAUAGCAGGAAACAUAAGCAUAAAACCCUCAAAUUUAAUAGAAAAUACACAAUAAAUCCAAUCAUGAUUCAAUAGAGGAUUAAAAAUAUUCUCACGAGAAAAUGGAAGAAAGUUCUAUCUAUUAGGAUUUUGCUAACUUUGCUAAAGCUACUAAUUACAAGCAAUCGUCACCUUAUAAUUAUCAUAAGUAGCAAUUUCAAUAAAUUCCAUAAUUGAAUUAAAAUUCUGGAAGCAAUAAUACUUAAGAAAUAAAGGAUUUAUAAUUGAAAAACAAAUCGCUUCUUUAGUAGAAUUCUAUUUUAUAGUAAUCCUUGUUAGAUCUUUAGCAAGCUAUACAUAGACAAACAAUUGAUUUAGAUUUACAGAAAAAUGAAAUAUUAAAUUAAAAGAGAGUAGUUUAAGAAUAACAGAUAGAGAUAGAGUAAUUGAAAAGGUAACUUUCAGAGAAAAGAAACAGUAGUUUAGAGAAAACCAGAUAAUUUGCAAUUAUUCAAACUCAAUUAAUAUAAUCAAACCAAAUGGUAGAAAAACUUAUUUCUUAAUUGAUGAAUUAAGAAUCACAAUUAAGUUUGUAUCGACAAACUUAGAUUAAUUUCCCAAAAAUAGAUAAUUUAUAAUUGAAUGUAGACUAAAAUAAAUCAAAUUUGAUAAAUGCAUAAAAUCUUCUUAGCAAUCCAUCAUCGGUAGCAUAACCUUAUUCAGCUCAAUAUCAAUAACAAUCAUAAUCAUAAAUGCCUCACAAUACAACAUAAUAAUAAUAAUAAUAAUAAUCAUAACAAUCAUACCAAAUACAAUAAUAAUAGAUUUAAAUUUCAUAGUAGUAAUAAAAUCCAAAUCCUGUGAGUAUGCCAACAAAAUAAUAGUUAUAGUAGGAUGCUGAUACAUCGUAUGAAAGAUAUUUAAUGCAUAAAAGAGGAAGACAUUGA